AUGGGCUUCGAACACAAACGCAUCGCCAUUGUGGGUGGUGGCCUGGGUGGCAUGUCCUUCCUGAACGCCGCUCUCUACGCCGGACUGAAGAAUGUCCAACUUUACGAACAAGCAGCCCAAUUCGGUGAGGUCGGUGCCGGUGUGAACAUCACCUCAAAUGCGAACCGCAUCCUGGAUGCUUUCGGUCUGCAAAAGAGCAUGACUGCCAAGUCCUCACGCAAGCUGCCUUGCUACAUGGAGUACCAUAAUUACAAGGAUGGCGAUUACUUGGGUCAUAUUGAGGAGUUUUCCUUCCCUCCCGCGCGACUGCUUCACCGCGCACACUUGCUAGAUUCUCUGAAGGAGCGUGUCCCGCAAUCUAGUCUGAAUCUGGGAAAGCGUCUUGCAUCCGUUGACCGGAACUCCGACGCAAGUGCUGCGCCUUACACCUUGCACUUUGAGGAUGGAACUACUGCCGAGGCUGAUAUCGUGAUUGGAUGCGAUGGUAUCAAGUCAAAUGUGCGCCGUGACAUGGGUCUGGGCGACUCACCUAAUUACUCUGGUCAGGUUGUGUACCGUGGUUUUGUCGACUACAAGGAUUUGCCUCAGGAGACUGCGGAUCUUCUUCGGAAGACUGUGAACUUCCGUGGCCCGAGUCGACACGUUCUUAUUCUUCCUAUUGGUAAUAAAGAAACUCAAACCGACCGUGCCGCCGUUAUCGGAUUUAUGUCAGAGCCUUUGGAGGCCUGGGAUUCGGAGAACUGGAUGGCGCGCUCGGAUAUCGACAGUCUGCAGGAGCAUGUCCGGGACUGGUGUCCGCAGGUACAGGAUAUUAUUGCUGGUUUGCGCAAGAGCUCAUCUGAUGGAAAGAUGCUUAAGCAAGCACUUUAUGUGCGUGAUCCGAUGGAGCGCUGGUACGAGAUGAAGGAUGGUCAGAAGGACGCAGGUAUUAUUCUUCUGGGCGACUCCGCACAUUCCACCCUUCCUCAUCAAGGUCAGGGAACAUGCAUGGCCAUUGAGUCUGGUAUUGCGCUCGCCACUAUUCUUCGCCACUGGAAGACCGACAAUUUACAACAAGCUUUCGCCUUUUAUCAAAAUUUGCGCAAGCCCAGGACAGACCGUGUCACACAGACGAGCUUUGAAGCGGGCAAAUUGGCUAGCUCAGACACGCCGGACCAGAUGACUAAGAAAUUUAAUCCACAAGCCCUCGGGGAGCGUAUGAAGUGGAUUAUGGAGUAUAAUGUUCUGGAGGAUUUGAAGACCAAGGGAGCUGAGGUCUUAGACUUCCAUGAUUCUCGGCUGUAA